GCACCGUUUUACGGUUACCAGCGUGUGCCACCAAGCAUCAGAGCCCCGUGCCAGUGCCACAAAACCUGAACGAGUAUCGAUGGCGGCACGGUGCUAUACUGCUGCUACCGUGGUCUUCUCUUCCAGAGCAGGAGCGCCCGACCUCUCCCUUUCCCUCCCGGCCGCCGCCGCCGCAGCGGUUCCGUCGGCGCGUCCAGGACCGAGAGGAGCGUGGACGUACGGAGGAGGGUACAGCCACAGGCCAGCCACAGGCCGAGCCAUGGGCUCCGCGCCGUCUUCAUCGUCGUUUCCGUCGCCGCAGACGCCGCCAGGACAAGCCCAAGAAAAUGAUGCAGACUUCUUGGUGCAACAUUGGAUGGCAAUGGUGCAACAUUGGAUUGAAAAGGCAAAUACAUCCCUGACUGAAGAGGAGUGGAAGAAGCGGCUGACUAAAGAGCAGUAUUACGUCACUCGGCAGAAGGGCACGGAGAGAGCAUUCACUGGGGAAUACUGGAACACUAAAACACCAGGCAUUUAUCACUGUGUCUGCUGUGACACUCCUCUGUUUGAAUCAUCGACCAAGUUUGACAGUGGUACUGGAUGGCCAUCAUACUACAAACCUAUUGGUGAUAAUGUCAAGAGCAAGCUUGAUAUGUCAAUCAUAUUCAUGCCACGGACCGAGGUGCUUUGUGCUGCUUGUGAUGCUCAUCUGGGGCAUGUCUUUGAUGAUGGGCCACCACCAACAGGGAAGAGAUACUGCAUAAACAGUGCAUCUCUGAAAUUGAAACCUCAAUAGUCGCUGGAUGCUGUAAGAUGAAGUCAACCAUGACACUGUGCCGUCCCUCGUAAACUUUGCUGUUUGAGUUUUAUUUUAUUUAAUGUUGUCUGCGCGGAUGGUUUUAACUUUGUUACGCGCGCAUCUAAAGUAUGAAAGGGCGAUUGGCCAAUAAGAUAAAUGCUAAUAUUGCAGUGUCGUGUGUUGAUAUAAAUCUCUAGUGUCUGAACUUCGCAAAGAAGAGCUCCGUUAAUUCAUUAUAUUUCUGAUC